CAAAAGUUGGCAGAAAAUGUAUUUUAGAAAUAAUGAAAUUUAUUUUUGUGUUUAUUGUUUUUUGUGUGCUCAUAAUUAUAAAAAACGGUUACAUUUAUAAAUGACUAAAGUAUAAAUGCUAACAACGUAGAUGAGGUAGACGAGAAAGUUACUCCAUUUUGUGUGUUUAUUUCUUUAAUAACUCUGGUGUCAAUGUUUUCAACGAAACUGUUCUAUAACUAUCGUCACAGCAUAGUGCUUUCUAAUUGGAAAAUAUUUUAAUGUUGGAUUAUUUUUUCAUACCUACUGUGUAUAAAUGUAUAUAUACAUAUCUUUAUAUAUAAACACUUUUUAAAUAUUAUUGAUUUCUUUCAUAAUACAUAAAAUUUACAAGAAUAAGUUGAGUGAAAGUUUCACAUAUUUCGGAAAUAGAUUUUUUUAGCAUUUACUGUUAUUCGUGAAAAUAUAUACACAUCAGUGAAGAUUGUUCAUCACUAUAGUGAGUGGUAUUAUUCAAGAAAUAACCUAUAAAAAUGAAUUUAGGGGCCCCUCAAAGAGUGGGGGCCCCUGAAGACCCAAUCGAUAUUAUUUCAACAAUUAAUAAAUCAUCUGAAACAAUGGAAAAUUGGAGUGAGGAACGUAUUGUUAAAAAUAACAAUCGUUUAUUAUUUUUGACAGUUGAAUAUGUGGAUGAUAAUCAAUGUAAAGAUUUCUCCAAAGUUUUUUCGCCAUAUGAACAAGUGUCUUUUUCACCCAGGGCUUCCUCUCCACUCUCUGAUUUUGAACACAGAGUCAGUCCUUUGGAUCCCAAUAUGAGUUCAACGGCAAGAUAUUCUCCUACACCUGUUCAACUGUCAAGUUUUCAAAAUUCAGUGGUUGUUCUUCCUCCAUCUCCUUUAAUUAUCCCUCCCGAUAAUAACACGAAGGCAAAUAUCAGUUAUAUUCCUAAUUCAAAUAACAUCAUACACAAUGUUAUACCACAACCCGAUAAUACGAUAGAUUUUGUCAACACUUCUAAUGAAGAAGGACUGGUUACUAAUGUUUCCAGUGAACUGAUAUUAAUGCAAGGCACCAACAAUGAUUUAGAUUCAUCAACAGGCCCACUUACUCUUACUGGUAUUUCUGGAGGAGAAUUUUCAUUAACACGAGAUUUCUUAGUAAUGCAUGAUGAUCAGUUGAAUGUCGUUAAUUCAUUGAGAAAUCGAAACACAGAAACAAUUGGAGAUCCAGUGAAUGAUUCAAGUGAACAAGCAUCUAUUAAUAUAACAAAUUCCAUUGACUUAUCUCAAGAAACUAUGAUGAGAACAGAUAAUAUUCUAAAUGAGAAUCAAGAAAAAAUGUGUGUGGUAAAUGAUGAUAUAACAAAUGUUCAAAAGUAUCAAAAGCAAACGAAAAAGCUAAAUGAAGAUAUUAAUGCAUGCUGUGAAGAAUGUGACGGAACAGGUAUAAAAUCGGAUGGAUGUACAUGUGAAAAUGUUCAAACAAUCGCUGAUGAACCAGUACCAUCACGUGCUAGAGCAACAUUACCAGUAUUAUAUCUUGCUAUCAAUAAAUUAUCAGCAAUUAAUACAAUUAAUAAUGGUACUACAGCAUUGUACGGUGUUUUUGCAAAACGAAGUAUUAAACGAAGAACUCAAUUCGGACCAAUUGAAGGUAUUUUAUGUGAUUAUAACUCCGGAAUAUUGGAGAAUGAAUUGCCUCUUAUUUAUGAAACUGAUGAUGGGAAGUUACUUAGAGUUGAUAUUUCUAAUGAAAAUACUUCAAAUUGGAUGCGGUUUGUUCGACCAGCUUUGAAUUAUGAAGAGCAAAAUUUAGUAAUUUGUCAACAAAAUGAUGGAAUUGUAUUUUUAACAACUCGGGAAAUUUUACCAAAAGAAGAAUUAAAAGCUGGACCAAGUCUUCAAUACGCUAUUCGUCGUAAUUUAACUGUUUUUCAAGCAGAUGUAGUUAAAGAAAAAAAACAAUCUAGUGAAAACGUAGUUUUAUCUUAUUCUGACUGUGACAAUAUAUUUGAAACACCGCAAAAACUUGAUGAUUAUGCUAAUAAUAAUCAUAAUGAUAAUUUUACUGACAAAAAUGAAAAAAAACUAGAUAAAAAAUAUUCAACAUUAGAAACAGAUAAAUUAUUGAAGGUUGUUGAUGAUCAAACAUUGCUUUAUGCUUGUCCCCAUUGUCCAAAAAUAUUUCCUCGAAGCUAUAGUUUACGACGACACAUUCUGAUGCAUCCAAAUUCCAAAUCUUCUCGAUAUGAGUGUCAAAAAUGCGAUGAAAAAUUUUUACAUCUUUACAAUCGUAACAGGCAUAUGAAAAUAUUUCAUAGUGAUGAAACUAGAGAAAAAGAAAAUAGCCGAGAAAACACUGAUGAAUGGAAAUGUAUUUCUUGUAACUUGAUAUUUGGAAAGGCAGCUUUAUUAAAUAUACACAAAUUAGUGCAUGAAAAAGAUAAUAAAAUUAAUAUUGACAAAGAAAAAUCAUGUGCAUGUCCACAAUGUAGUAUAGAGUUCAAUACACAAUACGAUUUAAUAAAUCACGUCUCAAAGCAUGGAAAAUUAAAAAUAAUUAAAUUCGAUAGUUCUAAAAUGAAUAGUUCUGGAUCUUCAUACAAAUGUUUGAUGUGUUAUAAACGAUUUGCGACAAAAGUACGUCUUCAACAACACUAUUUAGUUCAUGGUGCUGAUGAUCAAAAACCAUUAUCUUGUAACAUUUGUUUUAAAAGAUUUAUGAACAAUUCUGCUCUCUCUUGUCACUUAAAAACUCAUCGACAAGAUAAACAGAUUUUCGAGUGUCCAAUGUGUCGGCAAUUAUUUUGUCAAGUUUUAUUAUUGAAAGAACACAUUGAAACUCAUAAAAAUGAAGAUAAUACAUUUACUUGUCCUGAUUGCAAGCGAACAUUUACCAAAUAUUCAGUAAUAAGAAAACAUAUUAAAGCACAUCAUUAUGAGAGGAAACAUAAAUGUCAAUUUUGUACGAAACGCUUUCCAACAGUUGACAAAUUACGCAUGCAUUUACUUCGUCAUUCCGAUCAUCGUGAAUUUCACUGCGCAAAUUGUGAAAAACAAUUUAAGAGAAAAGAUAAAUUAAAAGAACAUAUGACAAGAAUGCAUAAUUCACAAAAAAUAAAACGGGAACAAAUUAUACAAAAUAAUGGACAAAUAAAAAAAUUUAUUCCAAAAGUCAAUCCGACUGAUUAUAAUAGAUUUGUGUACAAAUGUCAUCAAUGUCUAGUGGGUUUCAAACGACGAGGAAUGUUAGUUAAUCAUUUGGCUAAAAGACACCCAGAUAUUUCACCAGAUUCAGUACCAGAAUUAAAUUUACCAAUUUUAAGACAAACUCGUGAUUAUUAUUGCCAGUAUUGUGAUAAAGUUUAUAAAAGCAGUAGUAAAAGAAAAGCUCACAUAGUGAAGAAUCAUCCAGGAGCUGCUUUACCUCCGAGUAAUUUGCGUCAACGAGAAGUAGAUUCACAAGGAUCAAUAAAUUCUACGUUUAGUCAAACAGUUGGAAGUGUUACUACAAUUCCACAAAAUUGUCAAUGGUGUCAUAAACAGUAUGCUAGUAAGGCAAAACUUUUACAACAUCAACGUAAAAAACAUUCAACAUUAAUGAAACCUGCUGACAAGAUACCUCGUCCUCGAAAUCGUUCGUCACAAAAUCUUACAUCAACAAAUACGGACAAUAAUUUUAUUAUUUCUGAAUACUUGCAAACUAAAAGUCGUUCAGAAAAUUUGGAUAACUUUACAAAAUCAAAAUCUGUAAAAUUUGUUGAUAUUACAGACCAUAAUAUUGAGCUUAGUCAACAAAUUGUACGCAUUCGAGACGUACGUUGAAGUGAUUAAAUUUUUGCUACGUUUAUCGUAGUAUUUUAUUCAAUUUUAUCGAGAUAUGAAUCUCGUUUUGUCUUGGUAAUCAGUGAAAACAACUAGAGCUGAAGUUAACCAGGCUGUUAUUUUUCUGUUGCUUAUGACGAUAUGAAUAUUGUCAUAAAUUCCUGUUUUUAUGCGCAGAUAAACAGCCUUUAAAUUUAUAAAAGAAAGAAGAAUUGGAAUUCAGAAGAACUUAAAUGCACUGUAAUAGUGAAUGGAAAUAACUCAUUGGAAUUCAAUUUUGUUGGCUCUGACCUUAAAAGUCAGUGCUCACCCUGUUUAAAGAAAGGGUGGUAUAAUUGUCCCAAUUUAAAGGCCAGUAUUUAAAAUAUACUGGUAUAUAAACAGAUGCAAACACACUUUUAAUUAAUUUUAAAUUUAUUGAAAUUUUAUUGACGUUUUUAAGUAUAAUUAGUUAUUUAUUAUUAUUUAUUUGAACAAAGAUUCUAAAAAUUUAGUUUUUACAAUUAUUUAUUUAAUUGAAAUAAUGUGAUUUUAUGAACUAAAGAAAUUUUAUUCUUCGAGUAUAAAUACAACAGAAAUAUCUCAUUUUACUCAUGAGAUUUAUUCUGCAAUUUUAACAAUGAAUUAAAUUAAUAUUGAUGACCAUUGGAAAACAUUAUACUGAUAUAUUAAAAUAGUUGUACAACCAAAUCAAUAGUUGUAAAAAUGAUUUAUCCACACAGGUAUUGGUAGAAUGUAAAAAAAGGUGAUUAUCAUUGAUAGUAUUUAACAAAUGAAAACUGCUUUUAUUGUUAUAAUAGUUUUUCUUUAUAAAGUUGAUUCUGAUGUACAUUUCAUCAUACAAAUGACAAACUCUAUUGAAUUAAUAGAUGAAAUACCACUAAAGUAACGAAUACAUUUGUUGGUUUAUCUAUAUG